UCUCCGGGUGAUCCGGGACUUCCUACAGAAGAAGCGCCUUCUGAGCUUUCAAACAGCAGACGGACACAAACAGGUCUCCUGUGAUCAUGAGCUGCUUGUGGAUGGGAAAUCUUGAGCCCUACAUGGAUGAACAAUUUGUGUCCCGUGCUUUUGCCACCAUGGGAGAGCUGGUGGUUUCUGUAAGGAUUAUUCGGAACAAAAUGAACUUGGCUUCUUCUGGUUAUUGUUUUGUGGAGCUGACAGAUGAAGCUACAGCAGAAAGAUGUCUCAGAAAAGUCAAUGGGAAACUUGUUCCAGGGGCAAUGCCGCCCAAAAGAUUCAAACUAAAUAAGGCAAAUUAUGGGAAACAUGGAGCGAACAGAAACAAAAGUGGGUGCUCUCAGCCCUACCCCUAUGACCAGAACCAGCAUUAUCAGCAGUACUCUGACCCUAGCUACUACUCAAGCUGGGGAUAUGAUCAGAAUGCAGGCAGCUAUGGUGGCUACAACUACAGUUCAUAUAACAUCUGUGACCAGGACUCUUAUACCGAUAUGCACGAAGAUGGGGGACUUGAAGAACCUACUGUGGACUUAGAUGUGGUGGCAGUGAACAGGCAGUUCCUAGAAGACAGUGAGGAACUCUAUGAUGCCCUCAUAGAAUGUCAUUGGCCUGCUUUGGACUUACCUCACUCUCCUGAAUAGACUAGUAUUUUUCUGAUGUGAGUGAGGACUAAUGCGCUGAUACACUUCAGGAAAGUGCUGUGAUGGUGCAAAAAUGAAAGUAGGGCACAUGUAAUUUUGAAAUGGAUAUUUAAACUUAGUUUAAAUAGUGCCUAUCAGAAAUAUAAAGGGUCCUUUAGUGGGGUUCAUGAAUGGCAGUGCCCCACACAGGAUGUUGAUUCACAAUUUAAAAAUGGAUGAGCCGCAGAUGUUCUUGAUUGUUAUUUUAACUAACCCUUUUUACACUCAUAGCAUUGUGCUUAUUGAUUGAUUUGUAAAAUUAUAUUUGGAUCAUUCCAUUCUGGGAAUGUUUGGUGCCCCUGGUGUCCCUUUUAAAAGGCUUAGGCUGAAAAAAUGAGAGCUUCUACAACAGUAUAAUGAUCCAAACAUAUCUCAUGAGAAACAUAGUGAAACUUCUGAAAUGACAUUUGUCCACAUUUGUGGAUGGAUUUUUAAAAAGCUGUGCUGCAAGACAACCAAAGAAUAUAUCAAGUCUAGAGGCCUUUAGCAAAGAAGGGUGGAGAAAACAAGGACUGAAAAAGUGUUAGCUGGCUUCAGGCUGUGUUAUUUUUGCACAGACAAAUAAAUGAUUAUGUAAUAUUAUGAAAGAAACGAACUUGCUUAAGAUCAUUUAUUAUCAAUUUUAAGCCUGCACCUUCCCCCAAUAUAAUUUGAUAUUUGCAGACAAACAGGUAUUUAAGUCACAGUAUAAUUGACUACCUUUGUUACCUCAGUUAAUCAUUAGUUUGACAGGUAGGAUAUAAUCAUCUUCUGUAGGAUUAUAAGAACAAUCAAAUAUGGGCCUCUCUGGUAUUGGAAGGAUGGAUUUCUGCACAGGUUUUGUGGUUUGACACUUUUACCUUUACUUAAUUCUCAAAAGCAAGUAAAGUUAAUACUUAACUGGUACACACCCUUUGUCAGUUAGAGUAGCUCCCAUUGUUUCACUUCUGUAGCACAGAAUUCUAAAUACUGAUGUAAAUCUACUUUAAUUUAUUGUCAUGAUCUCAUCGUUUUUGCAUCAGGUUUGUAUAAUUUUAACUGUCAUUUUAUUUGCUGACUGUCAACAAAUCAAUUGUGCUGAAGAUUGUGAGUUAUUGCCAUUGUUUAGAAGAAUCUACACAUAUCAGACUAACACUUUCAUAAAACAAGCAAAUAAUAAAAAAGUGCUAUUUUUAUUCUCUUGA